AUGGAAAGUAAAGUGAGGGCAAAUGAGAGAUUGUUCUGCUUCGAAAGAAAUUCUAUUCAACAACUGAAUUGUGUACACAUGAUGGGGUGUUUCACUGUCCUGAAAUACAAGAAGAAAAAGAUCAAUAAAAUCCGAUACACAAAAUGUGUCAGCCACAAUGAACAUUUUCCUACAGUACUACCUGAACCUCAAACUCAUACUCGUUCCCUGCAGUCUGCACCUCCUAGUUUUAGGAACAGAGUGAAAUCUAUUCACCCCAUUAAUAAAGUCACCAAUCACAGAGCACGGGCAUUAUCUGCUCCAUCAGCUCUUGAUGUGGCUAAACAAUAUACUCUUACUACAGUAGAGUUCGAGGAACAAGAGGAAUCAAGAUACGAUGUGGGAUCGCUGAAGGGGCAGCAUUCAUCUAGUCCACAACCUUUACCUCUUCCAUCACACCAGGGUGGUGGUGAAUUGAAAGUUACUACUAGCAGCUUUAAGUCAGGAAUAGCUGGUGCUUCUCUGUACGCUCCAGAUGCAGCAGAACAGGAUGCUUUGGCCUCAGUUGAGGAUGAGGAACAAGAGUCUAAACACCUAGUUGGAUUGGUGAAGGAUCAUUCUUCAUCUAAUUCACAGCCUUUGCCUCUUCCAUCUCGUCAGGGUGGUGGUAGUGCAUUGAAGGCUAACGUCAGCUUUAAGUCAGGGAUGGCUAGUGCUCCUCUAUAUGCUUACGGACCUUUGCCUCUUCCACCAACUGGGUUGCUUAGAAACUUUCCGCUUGAGGAGAUUGCUGCUGCUUGUCACAACUUCUCUUCAGAUCGAUGCAUGUCUGAAUGUCUUUCUUCUACCAUAUAUAGCGCUUCAUUUGGUGAUGAUGUUUCAAGUGCAAAGAAGUUUGAAGCCACUGUCAUCCGCCUUCAUUCAUCAGCUCAGGGAUUUAAGGAAUUCAUUACUGAUGUUAAUAUCCUCGCAUCUUUGCAACAUCCGAACCUCUGUAAAUUGCUAGGAUUUCAUUCACGUGAUGAUUCUGAAUCAAGGAUGUUGGUUUAUGAGAGGCUAUGCCAUGGAAGCUUGGACCACCAGUUGUUUGGGAGAUCUGAUGGCCCUUCAAUUGAUUGGAACUCGCGAAUGAAAGUUGCCAUAUGUGCUGCACAGGGUCUUAUUUUCUUGAAUGAAGAAGGGCCUUUCCAGGCAAUGUAUAAUGAAUUUUCAGCUGCCAACAUACAGAUUGACAAAGAUUUCAGUGCAAAGCUUUCUGGGUAUGGUUGUGUUGGACGAAUUCCCGAUGAAGAGAUUUCAAGUAGUUCAUAUGCUGUUGGAAACCUGUCAGUGGAAACAUUGGAAAGAGGAAUUCUUACUCCUAAGAGCUAUGUUUGGGGUUUUGGAAUUAUUCUUUUAGAGCUACUUACUGGCAAAAAGAAUCUUGAUAGUCAUCACCCCAAGGAAGAGAGGAACUUGGUCAAGUGGAGCCGGCCUUUUCUGGCGGAUGAUUUUCGACUAUCACUGAUUAUGGAUCCUCAACUUAAAGGUCGCUUUCCUCCCAAAGCAGCAAGAGCAGUAGCUGACAUUGCACAAAGAUGCCUCCAAAAGGAGCCAUCAGAAAGACCCACCAUGAGAACCAUUGUUGAGCAGCUCAAAGUGGUUCAAGAUAUGAAGUACUCAUGUUGGUUCCCACUGCAAGAGCCUGUAAAACAAAUGUCAAGAUCACCAAGUCUUAAUGGUAUCAAAUGUCUCACACCUACGUUGAGUUUCUCUCCCUCAACAGCACCAAUUGCCAGACCAUCUGUUUCAUCUCCAAGAUGGUGUGCUGUUCCCACGUUGCAUCUUCCUCUUGGUGCCUGUUCCUCCAUUUUCUGA